AUGUUCCGUAAUCAGUAUGAUAGUGAUGUCACUGUUUGGAGCCCUCAGGGUCGUCUCCAUCAGGUGGAGUAUGCAAUGGAGGCUGUAAAGCUAGGGUCUGCCACUGUAGCCUUAAAAAACAAACAAUUUGCCGUAUUAAUUGCUCUGAAAAGAGCAGUGAGUGAACUGUCAGCAUAUCAGAAAAAGAUCAUACCUAUUGAUGAUCAUAUUGGUAUAUCUAUUUCGGGUUUGACUGCCGAUGCUCGUAUGUUGAGUCGUUUCAUGAGGACAGAAUGUCUUAAUCAUCGAUAUGCUCAUGAUGCAGCAAUGCCUGUUGGAAGACUUAUUGCCCUAGUGGGUAAUAAAAUGCAGAUCUGUACUCAGAGGUAUGACAAGAGGCCUUUGGGAGUUGGAUUACUUGUUGCUGGAUAUGAUGAUCAAGGCCCUCACAUCUAUCAGACAUGCCCCUCGGCGAAUUUCUUCGACUGUCGAGCGAUGGCCAUCGGGGCACGUUCUCAAUCAGCUCGCACAUAUCUCGAGAAACACCUGUCAACCUUCAUGGACUGUGAUCUGCAAGAGCUAGUGGCACAUGGUCUAAGGGCUUUGAGGGAUACACUACCAAACGAAUCUGAACUUAACACUAAGAAUGUGUCUAUAGCAAUAGUGGGUCCUAAAACACCACUUCGUGUGUGUGAUGAAGCAGAGCUGACUCGAUUUUUGGCCCUGGUGGAGGGAGAGGAGAGGCGUGGUGGAAGCGGCAGUGCAACAGGUGAUGCUGGACCAGCUCCUGACAGAGCCCCGGGGGACGACAGAGACCCUCAAGUAGCGGUCGCAAUGGACACGGAGUGA